AACAAUGAGCUGCGGGCUAGGCUGGGUGGAGGGGGGGACUGCUGGCCUCCUAGGUGCCCCGAUGGCCUGGGACCCUAAGCAUCUGCCCCGCUCCUUCCGACACUCCACAGGCCUGGUCAGAGUUCCGGAAACUGCCCUGGAGAUCAGCCGCAGGGUGUGAUCAUAGUAUUGGGGUUCUGCAGGGGAAUGUCCCCGUUGGGAUAUGCAUGCUGAAGUGAAGCCCUACAAUGAUAAGUCCGCAAUUUCUGUUGAAAUGGUUCACCCAGAAAGGGACCUGACAGACGUCAUUGAUCUCUCUAGGUUUAAAAAAUUAAAAUAUUUAUGGCUACAUCACAAUAAGCUCCAUGGAAUCACAUUUCUAACUAGAAACUACUGUCUGACAGAACUAUAUCUAAACAACAACGCCAUAUUCGAGAUAGAAGGCCUGCACUCUCUACCUUCGCUGCAUAUCCUCCUGCUACACCACAAUGAGCUAACGGACAUUGACGCAACAGUGAAGGAGUUAAAGGGAAUGCUCAAUCUGAAGACCCUAAGUAUUUGUCUGUUCCAAAACCCUUUCUGCCAAUAUAACCUGUACCGUUUGUAUGUGAUCUACCACCUUCCAGGAGUAGAGGUGCUUGAUCGGAACCAAGUUACAGAGAAAGAAAGAAGAGCAAUGAUGACCAUUUUUAAUCACAAAAAGGCUCAUAUUGUUCAAUCAAUAGCAUUCGGAGGAAAAGUAGACGCCUCAUGGAAUCCUAGAUCACCGUUUAAGCAAAGACCAGCUCACAGAGUACCUCCAGAUUUUGCAUUUGGGAAUAAUGUAGACAAAACUGUGUUUGACAACCCAGAAGACGCUGUAUUUGUAAGGUCCAUGAAGAGAUCAGUUAUGACUAUUACGUCCCUCAACUGGGACACAGUUCCAACACGAGAGGAAAAAUACCUUGACGAGAAAGGCACAGAACCUGCUCAAAUGCUCACACUUACACUGAGAUAAUCCCUGGUAUUUGUAGAAAUCCUAGUGGUUUUCAGCUGUUUAUUAAACUUCUCUGUGAUAAAGCA